ACCAAGUCUUUGCUGCGAGGCAGGCAGCAGUCUGCGAGAGAACCCGUCCGUGUAGCACGCGCAAUGUCAGUGUAAACUUAAGACAAUUUUUCAUAGGCUGCCCUUCGAUCACCACGGCUGCACCACUCGAACUAUGACUGGAGUAUUCGACAGAAGGAUUCCAAGUAUUAAAUCUACAGAGUUCCAGAACCCUUUUCAAAUUUCCACGAUGCAUCACCCGUCUCAGGAAUCGCCAACUUUGCCCGAGUCAUCGGCUACGGAUUCUGGCUACUAUAGCCCCGCUGGCGGAGUUCAUCACGGCUAUUGUUCGCCCAGUUCGACCUCUUACGGGAAAGCGCUUAAUGCCUACCAAUACCAAUACCACGGGGUAAAUGGAUCUGCUGGAAAUUACCCUGCUAAAUCAUAUCCAGAUUACACUUCGUACACAAGCGCUGCUUACCACCAAUAUGCCGGAAGUUAUAGCAGAGUACAAGCGCAAUCGAGCCCGCAAGAAAAAGAAGUCGCUGAGCCCGAGGUCAGAAUGGUGAAUGGGAAGCCGAAGAAAGUCCGAAAGCCUCGCACGAUCUAUUCAAGUUUUCAACUUGCUGCUCUACAGCGUAGAUUUCAGAACACGCAAUACCUCGCCUUGCCAGAGAGAGCUGAGCUCGCGGCCUCUCUUGGGCUCACACAGACACAGGUCAAAAUUUGGUUCCAGAACAAAAGAUCUAAACUGAAAAAGAUCAUGAAAAACGGCGAACUACCACCCGAGCAUAGCCCGAGUUCAAGUGACCCCAUGGCGUGCAACUCUCCCCAAUCUCCCGCUGUCUGGGACUCACAAGGCCCCACGAGGCCUCACAACCACCAACAGAGCAUCAAUGCAGCGGCAACCUUCUUGGAAAAUUCAAGCUCUUGGUAUUCCUCGGCGGGUACUGUUAACUCUCACCUUCAGGCCCCCAACUCGAUACAACACUCAUUGGUUCUUGGAUCGGGGACGUUGUAUUGAAACCUUAUUUAAAUAUUUAAAUGUACUGGACUCAUGUUAUUUUUUUUUUUAAGAAUAUGCAAUGUAUUAAUACGACAGUUAUAGAGAAAAGUGUAUAGUGUGUAAAUGUGUGCAUGUAAUUUAUUGCAUUUGGAACAGACAUUAAACAUGUUUUAAACGGACAAUGGAACUCCGGACACUUGGAAUGGUGCCUUCAAUUAUGACCUCAAGACUUCUCAUCCUCUGUGCAUACGCUGCAUAUGUUGAUUGGGAAAUCCAGUUGUAUAUAGUUAUAAGGAGUACCUGGUACAAAACGUGGACCUCUGAGAAUGAAUUAGAAUCUUCAUAUUCAUCUGCAUUUAAUCAAAAACGAUUAAAAACGAGCAUGAUUAGCUACA